AUGCUAGCGCCACUCGGAAUGUUCCUGCUCUUGGCCUGUCUGCUUUGUGCAGAUGAUGCAGCGCCAGCACAACAAGUCGAUACCAGAGCGACGAUGGCAGCUCCAUCGCCAUCCAUAAUCACUGUGACUGUGAUCUCAGCUUCUACGACAUCUCCACUCGCAAGUUCUGCUGGUCCGACAACAAUGACACCAGGCUCCGCACCGACUACGACAGCCGUCCUGAGUUCGCCACCAUUCGAUCCAGCAAAGUUGACCACGGCGACCAUCACGCCCUUCAGCAAUACUAAGUCUAGCAUGCUUCUCAUCUUCACUAAUCCAGCUCCUGGCCUCAACGAUGAUACGAACGAUUGCGUCUUUAGGUUGAUGGUCGAUGAUUACAAGGAUGUCUGGCAAGAUUCACAUGGCUUCUGGGCGAAGAAGGACCACCCUGGUCCAGAGCACACGGCGGUCUAUCUUGCCAUGGAUGCACCUAACCCAACCUGCUCGACUUAUCGGCGUGAGAUCGUCACGGCCUCUGCUCCAGCACGCUUCGAGACCUCUCGCAUGCCAGAUCCUCCUAAGGAGGCAGGUUUUAUUUGUCCCAAUGCUGGGCCGUGGGGCAAGGAAAAAGUGGAUUGCUAUCGUGCAUUCAGUGACACCCGCUACAAUACAAAUGGGCAUGGUGCCCAGACUCGUGCUUGA